AGCAUUUAGCAGAGGAGCUCCACCCCUGAUCUGUUUCACCUGAGGUAAACCAGGAAACAGUUUGUUCUUCGAUCAGAUUCACCUUCAGACCAAACUAACAGCUUCCUCUGAGUGAGUCCAGCUACAGGAGAGAAAAGAGGAAAACUACAACACUGCUGCUUCAACCUGCUGACUCUCCACACACUGAAGCUUCACUCAGACUAAAUGGCUUCCAGAUUAGAGGAGGAUCUCUGCUGUCCGGUCUGUCAGGAGGUCUUUAGAGAUCCUGUUGUUCUGUCAUGUAGCCACAGCUUCUGUAAAGACUGUCUGAAGAGAUGGUGGAGAGAGAAACCAACACCAGACUGUCCAGUUUGUAAGAGAAGAUCUUCAAGGUUAGAACCACCCUGUAACCUGGUGUUAAAGAACCUGUGUGAGUCCUUCUUACAGGAGAGAGAUCAGAGAUCUUCAGAGGCUCUCUGCAGUCUGCACUCUGAGAAACUCAAACUCUUCUGUCUGGACCAUCAGCAGCCAGUGUGUGUCGUCUGCAGAGAUUCAGAAAAACACUCCAACCACAGAUUCAGACCCAUCGAUGAAGCUGCACGACAACACAAGAAGGAACUUCAGGAAACUCUGGAGCCCUUAAAGAAGAAGUUAGAGAGUUUAGAAGAAGUUAAAGUGGAGUUUGAUCAAACAGCAGAACACAUUAAGGUCCAGGCCCGACACACAGAGAGGCAGAUUAAGGAGCAGUUUAAGAAGCUUCACCAGUUUCUAGAAGAGGAAGAGGAGGCCAGGAUGGCUGCACUGAGGGAGGAAGAGGAGCAGAAGAGUCAGAUGAUGAAGGAGAAGAUGGAGGCUCUGAGCAGAGAGAUAGCAGCUCUUUCACACACAGUCAGAUAUAAGAAAUCAAUUUAAAACGGGGGCAUGUCCCGCCCACAGCACCAUCUGAU